CCCGGCCUGGCAACCGCUGGUGUGCGCCCCGACGGCGCCGGGAGCAGAGGAGCCGCGCUCGGGUCUCCGGGAUGUGCCCGUCUGAGAUGGGGACGCCGUGGCACCACUGGUCCCCCGUGCUCAUCAGCCUGGCCGCCCUGUUCUCCAAAGUGACCGAAAGCCGAGGGGUCCUGGAGAGCAUCCAGAGGUUCUCCUUGCUGCCCACCUACCUCCCUGUGACCUACCACAUCAACAACGCCGACGUGUCCUUCUUCCUGAAGGAGGCCAACCAGGACAUCAUGCGCAACUCCAGCCUGCAGUCCCGCGUGGAGUCCUUCCUGAUUUACAAAUCCAAGCGGCUGCCCGUGCUGAACGCCAGCUACGGGCCCUUCUCCAUCGAGCAGGUGGUGCCCCAGGACUUAUUGCUGCCCUCCAGCCCCUUCGGAUUCACCAACAAGUUUUCCCUCAACUGGAAACUGAAGGCGCACAUCCUGCGGGACAAGGUGUACCUGAGCCGGCCCAAGGUGCAGGUGCUCUUCCACGUGCUGGGCCGGGACUGGGCGGCGCAGAGCCCCGGCGAGAGGCUGCCCUGCCUGCGCGUGUUCGCCUUCCGCGAGACCCGGGAGGUGCGGGCCGGCUGCCGGCUGCAGGGGGCCCUGGGGCUGUGCGUGGCCGAGCUGGACCUGCUGGCCGCCUGGUUCGGGCCCCCCAGCGUGGUGGCCGGGAGGAAGAAGGCGCCCGGGCCGCCCGAGGGGAGCCCCGUGGAGCUCUACUACUCCGUGCAGCCGGGGGACGCGCGCGGGGACUGUGCGGCUGGCGACGUCCGGAAGGGCAACGCCAUCCGGCCGGGGAAGGACGGGCUGGACGAGGCCGUGCCCCACCUGCAGAGGAUCGGGAGCGUCUUCCUCUACCAGACGGGCAGCAGACCCGCGCUGAGCGAGCUGCGUUUGGACAGCAACGUGGCCAUCCUGUACUCGGCCCGGACGGCGAGGCAGGGCGACGUGCUCACCUUCCCUGUGGCCGUGUCCCGGAACUGCAGCGCCGAUCGCUUCACGCUGAGGGCCAAGGUGCAGAAGGGCGUGAGCGUCGUGGGGGUGAGAGCCAGCAGCCCUUCCAUUUGGGAGGUCACGGAGGGCACAGACCACAGUGGCAAGUAUGCACCUGCUGUCAUCGUUUGUCAGAAGAAAUCUGCUGGCUCGGAAACCAGAAUUAGUUCAGUUUGUCUUGGCCCUGGAGGAGAAGUAAGGAAACUUUCUGAAGGUGCCUCAUCCCAAUUAAGGUGUAAGCUGCUUUUCCUGAGUCAAGCGAAGGCCUUGAACACUUCUUUAAGUGGGACAGAAACUCAGCAUCUGCAGAACACAUGGAAACAUAUCAACAUAUGGGGCUUGCCACUUUUCUUUUAUUUCUAUCAGAUGGCCCGCUUGCUCCCUGGCCUCGACGCGCUCUCCAACGGGAGUAAAGUUAUUCAGAAGGGAGUUUAUCUCACCCGAAGCGGAAACGAGGAUCCCUUGGGUGCUGAGGUUAGCUAUAACAUCCAAACCGUGCAAGCCGUCGGUACCAGUGAGUUCUGGGGAGAGUUUGCUGCUCGCACCGGGCACUGGAUGCCGCAUUGUCUGUGUGGCUGUGGACAGGUCGCCAGUCUUACGGGAGCAUGA